AUGGCCGCCAGGACCCCGAACUCGGUUGCGCCCGUCCGGGUGAAGCGUGAAGAGGGCGAGGAGCUUCAGAAGGAAGGGACAAACGGCGUGUCCUCGCCACGGUCAGGCGCACCACGUGGCCAACCCGCUGCUCCAGCGGAGGGCCCGUCGGAGCACCAGGCUUCCCGCCGCCACCGCAUCCGAGAGCUCGCAGUCCAUUUCAGUGGCGCGUUUGAUCAGCUCCUUUCUCUGGUCCCUUUCAGCGCUGUUUCCAACGUGGACGAAGGGGACCAGGAGACAGAGGACCAAGUCGGGGACACGGGGCCGGGCGGCGCGCCUGCACAGUCGCGUGGACAGCAGAAGUGGAAGCUCAGACAGAAACGGUACCAUCCGCGGGUCCUUGUCGCCACUCCCUUGCGACUGCAAGAGCAAGUGGCUGGCGAAGAAGACCGGGCCAGAAAGCGACAAGGAGCGGGGCGGAGCUCGAAACAGCAGCAGGCUCCGAAACAGAGAGGACUCCCGCAGACCCCUCUCGGAACUUCGAAACCGGAAAGCGGGGACGCCUCCAGCGGCAUCGCUGACAGCCGUGCCGAGUUGCAACGGCGUCUCCAGGUGAAACUCGAGGCGCUUCGUCGGGUGAAGAAGGAAGACAAACGCGAGAGAGGCAAGCGGAAGAAGCCGUCCAAGGAGCGACCGGGACAGAAAAGCCGCGCUUCGGAAGGCCAGACCCGGGAAGAAGGACGAGGCGUGCACGGAGACGCUUCGCCAAAGAAACGGCCUCCGCAAGGAGACAGUGGAAACUUCGAGUACGGAGCAGUGACGUGCCCACGGGAGCGAUUUGAGGUCCGCCAGGCCAACCGCGCCGGGACUAAGAAGCGCAAGUUGCAACAGGCGAUGAGAGAGAUUGAAAGCAAUCGGGAAAUUUUGCAGAAGUGUCAGUCGUCGGAGGAGCGCCAGCGGGUGGAGCUGCAACAGUCUAUGGCGAAGGUGAUGAAGAAGCUUGACGGGGAGAAAGUUAUGGACGACAUGCAGCGACUGAAGAAGAAGCAGAAGUUCCUCGAGAAAAAGAAAGAAAAGGCAGCGGACAAGUGGCAAUCUCGACUGAUGGAGGCAAAAGAAAAAAAGAGGAUGGCUCUGGAAGCCAAGAAACAGCAGAAAGAAGAGCGUCUCCGGGAACGGGAGAAACGAAAGUCUUGA